GUGACCCUAAUGAUGAGCAGCAUAAUAGAGAUUUAAUGGAAGAACUGCUGCUAAUGCUAGCCGAACUUUUCGGUCUAGCCAUCUUGGUUGAUUCACCUUUGACCUCAGUCAGCAUCCCGCCCUGUGAAGUCAGCACGUGAAGCAACCGGUGGGUCACGUGACCUGUUCUCGCUUUGUACGUGCGUGCGCGCGCGUGUCGUGUAUUUCCGCAUUGGAUGAGAGGCGCUGACACGGUGGAGUGUUCUUCCAGUGCGUCUGCCUCCCUCGUCUCCACGGUGGCCGCAGACACAGUUUAGCUCGGCCGCCAUGCUGACGCGGGUGAAAUCGGCCGUGGCCACCAUCAUGGGAGGCGUGAUGCCCGGCGGCGGCGGCGGCGAUACCUCCGGUGCCUCGGAUGUGCCGUCCAAAUUUCCGUACAGCAGACCGGAGUUCCUGGGGCUGUCUCCGGACGAGGUGGAGUGCUCGGCGGAUCACUCUGCCAGACCCAUCGUCACCAUGAAGGAGAGCAAGAGGCUUCCCUGGUCCACCGGAUAUGCAGAGGUGAUCAAUGCAGGGAAGAGCACUUUGAAUGAGGAUCAGGCCUGCUGCGAGGUGCUCGUGGUCAAGAGAAGACUACCAGGAAGCUCCCCGGCGUCUAGCCGGGGCCUCGUGGCCCGCCGGAGGUCCUCGCUGCCGAACGGAGAAGGUCUGGGCCUCCAGGAGGACCUGGUCAACGCCGAUGACCUGACCUUCCACUACUGGGCGCUGUUCGACGGUCACGCCGGUUGCGGCGCGGCCGUGGUGGCGUCACGCCUUCUCCAUCACCACAUCGCUCGGCACCUUCAGGAGGUCAUGAACAUCCUGUGCACGCCCGACCUCCAGCCCCCAACCUGCCUGAGCGAGGAGCUCACCCAGCACAACCUCGCCUCGGCGUCGCAGCGGGCCCUAACCAGGGCUGUCUCUCUACGAGGGGCGGCGGGUGCUCCGGCCUCACCCAAUGCCCCGCCCGUUCGCUUCUUCGCUGAGAAGAAAGUGUCGCAAGAGAGCCUGGUGGUUGGCGCCAUUGAGAAUGCAUUCAAGGACAUGGAUGUCCAAAUAGAGAAGGAGAGGGCCGUCUACAACAUCUCAGGAGGCUGCACAGCUCUGGUGGUUGUCUGCGUACUUGGUAAAAUCUACGUGGGCAAUGCCGGCGACAGCAGAGCUGUCAUUAUCCGCGGAGGGGAGGUCAUCCCAAUGUCAAGAGAGUUCACACCGGAGUCAGAGAGGCAGCGACUGCAGUUCCUGGCGUACAUGCAGCCUCACUUGCUAGGAAACGAGUUCACGCAUCUGGAGUUCCCUAGAAGAGUGCAGAAGAAAGAGGUGGGGAAGAGGAUGCUGUACCGUGACUUCACCAUGUCGGGAUGGGCGUACAAAACCAUCCAAGAUGACGAUCUGAAGUUUCCCCUCAUUUACGGCGAAGGCAAGAAAGCUCGCGUGCUAGCAACCAUCGGCGUUACAAGAGGUUUUGGUGACCACAGCCUUAAAGUCCACGACUCCAACAUCCUCAUCAAGCCUUUCCUCUCCUGCUGUCCUGAGGUCCAAGUGUACCCGCUGGCACAGCACCAACACGGCACAGACGACGUCCUGGUUCUCGGGACUGACGGUCUGUGGGACGUCCUCUCCAACCAGGAAGUGGCCGAGGUGGUCGUUUGCUUCCUGGCCAACUGCGACCCCGACGACCCACACAGGUACACCAUGGCCGCCCAGGAGCUGGUCAUGAGUGCUCGCGGCGUGCUCAGGGAUCGAGGCUGGAGGAUGUCCAGCGAUAGAUUGGGCUCCGGAGACGACAUAUCGGUCUACGUUAUCCCGCUUGUGCACGGAAACGCGCUCAACUAAAACACAAUCUUUCUCAUCCAUUUCUCCCGUGCAGGUUUAUAUGAAGCCAUAUUGUACUUGGACUCUGCACAAUAUUUCCCAAUGUGAACUUGUAAAUAUAUGCUUUUCAUAUACAGUGAAGAAAAUAAGUAUUUGAACACCCUGCUAUUUUGCUAUUUCUCCCACUUAGAAAUCAUGGAGGGGUCUGAAAUUUUCAUCGUAGGUGCAUGUCCACUGUGAGAGAGAUAAACUAAAAAGAAAAAUCCAGAAAUCACAAUGCAUGAUUUUUUAACAAUUUAUUUGUGUGAUACAGCUGCAAAUAAGUAUUUGAACACCUGAGAAAAUGAAUGUUAAUAUUUGGUACAGUAGCCUUUGUUUGCUAUUACAGAGGUCAAACGUUUCCUGUAGUUUUUCACCAGGUUUGCACACACUGCAGGAGGGAUCUUGGCCCACUCCUCCACACAGAUCUUCUCUAGAUCAGUCAGGUUUCUGGGCUGUCGCUGAGAAACACGGAGUUUGAGCUCCCUCCAAAGAUUUUCGAUUGGGUUCAGGUCUGGAGACUGGCUGGGCCAUGCUAGAACCUUGAUAUGCUUCUUACGGAGCCACUCCUUGGUUUUCCUGGCUGUGUGCUUCGGGUCGUUGUCGUGUUGGAAGACCCAGCCACGACCCAUCUUCAAUGCUCUGACAGAGGGAAGGAGGUUGUUCCCCAAAAUCUCACAAUACACGGCCCCAGUCAUCCUCUCUUUAAUGCAGUGCACUCGUCCUGUCCCAUGUGCAGAAAAACACCCCCAAAGCAUGAUGCUACCACCCCCAUGCUUCACAGUAGGGAUGGUGUUCUUCGGAUUGUACUCUUCAUUCUUCUUCCUCCAAACACGCUUAUUGGAAUUAUGACCAAAAAGUUCUAUUUUGGUCUCAUCUGACCAUAAAACUUUCUCCCAUGACUCCUCUGUAUCAUCCAAAUGGUCAUAUGCAAACUUAAGACGGGCCUUGACAUGUGCUGGUUUAAGCAGGGGAACCUUUCGUGCCAUGCAUGAUUUCACAUCAUGACGUCUUAGUGUAUUACCUACAGUAACCUUGGAAACGGUGGUCCCAGCUCUUUUCAGGUCAUUGACCAAGUCCUGUCGUGUAGUUCUGGGCUGAUUCCUCACCUUUCUUAGAAUCAUUGAGACCCCACGAGGUGAUAUCUUGCAUGGGGCUCCACUCCGAUUGAGAUUGACCGUCAUGUUUAGCUUCUUCCAUUUUCUAAUGAUAGCUCCAACAGUGGACCUUUUUUCACCAAGCUGCUUGGUAAUUGCUCCGUAGCCCUUUCCAGCCUUGUGGAGGUGUACAAUUUUGUCUCUGGUGUCUUUGGACAGCUCUUUGGUCUUCGCCAUGUUACAAGUUAAAGUCUUACUGAUUGUAUGGGGUGGACAGGUGUCUUUAUGCAGCUAACGACCUCAAACAGGUGCAUCUGAUUCAGGAUGAUACAUGGAGUGCAGGUGGACUUCUAAUGGGCAGACUAACAGGUCUUUCAGGGUCAGAAUUCUAGAUGAUACACAGGUGUUCAAAUACUUAUUUGCAGCUGUAUCACACAAAUAAAUUGUUAAAAAAUCAUGCAUUGUGAUUUCUGGAUUUUUCUUUUUAGUUUAUCUCUCUCACAGU